GACGUACUCUUACAGCGAUGAUCGCUCAGAUGCUACCGAGCCAAUCUUUAUUGAUGCCACUUCAAUGGGCAGCGAACUUAACUGCUGCCCAGCCUCGCCCACAACUGUGCCAGCAAAGUCGGCCUUUGAGUCGCCGAUGCGACGUUCGGGACGUCGUCAGCGAACCACGUCGAUUGGUAAUCAGACAACCACUGCCAAUCCAUGCGAGGGCAUAAUACGGUCGAAUAAUCGCACUAUCUAUACGGCCGGACGUCCGCCAUGGUACAAUUGUGCCGGCCAACAGGUCGAACCCUUUGUCAUAGGCAUUUGCGGAGGCAGUGCAUCCGGCAAAACGACCGUGGCAGAAAAAAUCAUAGAAAGCCUCGAUGUGCCUUGGGUGACCUUAUUGUCCAUGGAUUGCUUCUACAAGAUCCUUAAUGAGAAGCAACAUGAGCUGGCGCUCAUUAAUGAAUAUAACUUUGAUCAUCCAGAUGCAUUUGACAUUGAUCUGCUUAUCGAUGUUCUCACCAAACUGAAGGAGGGCAGAAAGGUGGAAGUUCCAGUUUACAAUUUUGUAACGCAUGGCCGAGAGAGUCAGACGAAAACCAUGUAUGGCGCGAAUGUCAUAAUAUUCGAGGGUAUACUUACCUUUCAUAGUUCCGAGGUGCUGAAACUGCUCGACAUGAAGAUCUUUGUGGACACAGACCCGGAUAUCCGUCUGGCAAGAAGACUUAAGCGUGAUAUCUCGCAGCGUGGACGAGACUUGAAGGGUGUGCUAAAACAAUAUCUGAAUAUGGUAAAGCCCUCGUAUGCAAAUUAUAUAGCGCCCACAAUGGCCCAUGCGGACAUUAUUGUGCCACGUGGGGGCGAGAACACAGUGGCAAUAGCUCUUAUAGUGCAACAUGUACACACRCAGCUGCAACUGCGCGGUUUUAAGCUACGUGAAACAUUGGCCAAUUCGUAUAAGGAUCAGCCAAUGCCAGAUUCAUUGCAUUUAUUGCAUCCAACGCCACAGAUUAAGGGUCUGCAYACAUUCAUACGGUGCAAGAAUACGUCGCGGGAUGAGUUCAUUUUCUAUUCAAAGCGGCUCAUACGACUGGUCAUCGAAUAUGCAUUAAGUUUGUUUCCAUUUAAGUCAACCUGUGUGGAGACACCGCAAGGUGUGCUUUACGAGGGCAAACGCAUGGAGUCUCGUAAGAUAUGUGGUGUAUCCAUAUUGAGAGCUGGUGAAACAAUGGAGCAGGCCGUUUGUGAUGUAUGCAAGGACAUACGCAUUGGCAAGAUUCUUAUUCAGACAAAUCUGAAAACGGGCGAACCGGAGCUCUACUAUCUGCGUCUGCCCAAAGAUAUAAAAGACUUUAAAGUGAUACUGAUGGAUGCUACCGUGGCGACUGGCGCUGCCGCCAUGAUGGCCAUCAGAGUGCUACUCGAUCAUGAUGUUCCCGAAGAAAAUAUUAUUCUUGCCUCAUUGCUGAUGGCCGAAAUUGGUGUACACUCGAUCGCUUAUGCCUUUCCCAAGGUGAAAAUAGUUACUUCCGCUCUGGACCCCGAGAUCAAUAGC